GUUGCGACACUGAAAUAAGCGAUAAAAACGAUUUGUUUAUAAACGAAAUAACGAACAGCAAAAAUUGGCAAAUGUGAAAAGUUGCCGACAGAGGAAGAAGCAAAGCAGCAAAGCGAUGGACAUGCAUUCAAAUGAAAAAUAAAAGCGAUUUCAAAGUGCACAUAUAUUUUGGCAAAGUGUGUGUGAGUGUGCAACUGUGUGUGAACGAAACAAAUUGACGAAAAUGUUUAAUUUGCUGCGACGCACGCGUCAAAGAAAAGCGCAGAAGAACAACAAAAACUACGAUGUAAGCGACGAAGAGGAAGCAAUACAAACGAAAAUAACAACAACAGCGACAGCAAGUGGUGCGGCUGCUGCUGCGGCUGCCAGGACCAGAGAGCAAGAGAGCAGUAAUGCUAGCGAGAGCCGUUGCCUAUUCAGCGCCAGAGAGCGCGACGCUGAGCGAGCAAGAGCGUGCGAGCAAAAGAGCGAAAUGCGUUUGCCUACGCAGGCAGCGCGACGCGCUGUGAUCGAAGAGCUGGAGGACUUAAGCAGCGACGAGCACGACGAAGAGCGGCAAAGUGUAAAUUUAGCUAAAACAGCUGCGCCGACAGCAACAGCAACAACAACAGCAAUAACAACAUCAGCUAAUGGCCAUUCAGCGAUCUCUUGGCGCUCCGACAAUUUGAAUAUAAAUAACAUGGGCGCAGGCAAUGGGGCGACGGCGACGAGGACAACGUCUGUUGUUGUUGAUCAUGAUGAUGAUGAUACUGAUGUAGACGAUGAUCGAAAUGGUGGCGGUGCUGCUGCUGUUGCUGCUGCUGGGCAUGGCGGCGCGACCAGUCCAAACGAGUCAGCCAGCGCGAACGCAAAAGCAAAUAACGUCGACGGUCGGCCAAUUGGCAUUAUUAGUACGAACAUUGGCCAAACGAAAAAACGCCACAAUAACGGGCCAAUUACCGAUGGCACGGUAAUUGACGCGAGCGAUACGGUGAUAUAUCGCAGCGCAUCGAAGCAAUCGAACGAAUUGAAACGACAAUCGCGCCUAUCGCUGGGCAACAUUGCGUUGCAUUUAGGUGGCAACAGGGACAACAUUAACACUGCCGCAGACGAUACGGCGGUGCAGAAGAAGCGCAAAGCGUUGCAGAAGAGUCGCGAUUUUCUCACAGAUAUUUUCAUGGCGCGUGGACGUAACCAUCAGCGUCAGCAGCGAAAUCAACAGCAGCAGCAACAACAACACCAGCAACAGCAGCAACAUCAAUCGAAAUCCAAAACAUCUAUCGACGACAACGUAAUCGCCAUUGGACAGACAUUGGCAGCAGCACACCUUGAAACGAACUCCGACCCCGCGACCGCGUCCACAAAUAGUUAUCAAAUGACUAUGUCUAAUAAUAGCCCACAGUUGCGGCAGAGCGCGGCCAAAGAGCGUGAGCGGGAGCUAGAGAGAGAGCAGCAGCGAGAGCGCGAACGAGAGCGACAGCGUGAGCUAGAUCAAGAGCGAGAGCGUGAGCGGAACGACAGUAAUUCAGCUGGAGCAUUGCGACAGGAGCAGCAGCCAAAAGAGAUCGGCCAGCUGGCGAGAGAGGAGCAGCAGCAGCGACGAGAUGCGCAUAGAGCGGCGAGUGCCAAUUUUAUUCAAGCGGCAAACGUCGAGCUGUGCACUGUCGCGGAAGAUCAGCAAGAGGACGCUGCCGUACUGCAACGCAGCAACAGCAGCAGCAGUAUCAGCAGCAGCAGCAACAACAACAACGACAACACCACUAGCAACAACAACACAAGUGACAUAAUCUCUGGGAACAUGGGCCAGACCAGCACCAAGCCCAACGAGUGCACACAGUCGGCGCACAGCUCACGAGCCAGCACGCCACGUGAGUUCCGUGAGUCGAUCGUGAGCGAGCCGCAAAGCGUGCCCGUGGCGCCGCCGCGUCACCAGAAACAACAAACGCAACAGGAAGUGCCCAAAAUAACUGUCGUCGACUGCAGCUUCGAGCAGAGUCCCAAUGGCAGUCCACAGGCGGGGGAGGUGUUCUAUGACUUUGAGAGCCAGUCCCCCACCCAGGGCCACUGUCAGGGCCACGACCUUAACAUCCAGGAGCUGAACGAGGCACACGAGGAGACGCUCGAGGAUGAGGUGUUCGAUAUACCCACGACGAUCUAUCAGCAGCAGGCGAAUGGCAUUCCCCGACCCUGGACACGCUUGACCAAUGUCAAGCUGGAGAAUGUACAGGAGGAGGCCGAGGAGGAUGAGGAUGAUCCGCAGGCCGAGCCAGAGCCCGAGGACGAUGAGCUUGAUGAGGCGCUCGAUCUCGAGUGUGAUGACCGUGGGCGUGGCACGCCCAACAGCUCACGCAAAUCGGCGAGCAGCGAACGCAGCGCGCUCAAAAGCGAUUCCAAUCUCAGCAGCAGCUAUGCCGACUCGGGCAUCGGCAUGGGCCUGGGCGUGGCCGCCAACGAGUCAACGAGCCAAGCAGAUCAAAAGCAGCAGCAGCAGCCGGUGCAGCGCAGCGCUGCUUCUAUGCAGCCACGGCGUACGCCCUUCGUGCGCGACGGCAACUCAACGUCCACCGACUGCGACUGCGAGGAGCUGCUGCUGCAGUGCGACGAACUCGACGAUGAGCAGCAGUUCGACGAGCGUUUGGUGUGCAUCGAGAGCAUUAGCCUGCCCGAUGUCGUUGUCGAGUCAACGACCGUCACAUCGCAAGCAAAUGCCACCAGCAGCAGCAGCAGCAGUGCCAACAACAACAACAACAACAACAACAACAACAGCAGCAGCAAUGGCAACAAUGGAGAUGGCCAUCUGAAUAUCAAUAUUACCAACGGCGCCGGCGGCAAUAGCCUCGGCAAUGUGCAUUUCAUACCAAUACAUAUCGAGGGUUCAGCAACGGCGGCACGCAGUCGCAGCAACAGUCCCAAGCAGCGCAGCUUGGACGACAGUUGCAUAGGACGCAACACCGUGGAGAUCGUCGAGGAUGGCAGCGUGCUCAACAAUCAGGCGGACAAUAAUCGUGAAGCACAGGAGCUGAGAAAGGAGCUCAAGGUGCAGAAGGCGCGUUUUAGCUCACAGCUCGAGGAUGCGCACAAAAAUGUUCAAAAUCUGGAGAGUAAAGUGAGCGAUAUGCAGCUAAAGAUACAGAAUCUGGAGCAGGAGCUCUCGCAGAAGCAAUGGAAUGUGGACAGACUCCAGGGAGAGCUGACGGCCGCGCAAAAGGACGAUGAAUAUGUGCGCAAGAAGCUGAAGCUGCUCGAGGACGAAAAGAUGCAUCUGCGGCACAAAUUCAGCGACGAUGAAGACGAAUUCCGACGCAAAUACAAUACUUUGGAGGCGCAAUACAACGAAUUAACCGAGAAGUACAAACAGACGCAGAGCCUGGCAAAUGGACUACAGACCCAGCUGGCUGCAGCUCAGGCUGAGCUGGCCAAGUGGGCCGAUGAGGUGAACAGAAUACGUGAGGAGCUGGAGGAGCAAAUACGCAUACUCAAAAAUGCACUCGAGAAUUCCGAGGCGGAGCGCAAAAUCUGUGAGGAUAAGUGGCAAACCGAGUUCGAGCUGCUAAGAACACACAACAGAGAACGCGAGGAGACCCUGAUGUCGGACUGCGAGUGGCAGAUGCGGCAAAUGCAGCGCCAGUGGAAGGACAAACUGGACAAAUCCAAUUACGAACGCAAACAGGCAGCGGCCAAGGCCGAGGAGCUGGAACUGGAGCUGCAAUCACGUCGCAAGGAGGCGGAAAGUUUGCGCAUUUGCCAGGCACAGGUGAAGUCGCUAAGCGGCGUCGUCAGCGAACAGGAGCGCUCCAUCCAGACGCUCAUGGAGCGCAUCGAUAACCUGAAGGAUGAACUCGAAAUGGCCAACAGCAAUCUGGAGACACAGAUCGAAGCUGUGCACAAGAUUAAAUAUCAGUGUGAUAACGCCAUUUAUGAUAAGGAGCGUCAAAUGAUCUAUCGCAUCGAUGAGGUGCGCAACGAAGCUGCCGCCUUUUGGGAGAAUAAACUUUACACAGAGAUGACAAGACUGACCAAUGAACUGGAAUCCGUUUACGUGGAGGAGCGACGCGACGCAUUGGACAAGCUGCAGGCGGAGCACAUUGAGGAGCUGCGUGCGCUGACCAAUCGCUACACGGCCAACGAGGAGGAGCUGCGUGCCGAGAUUGAAGAGCUGACCCAGAACUUGGAGCUGAAGAAGCAGGAUUUCCUGUCGCUGCGCGAGCGCUCGGACAAUGCGCUGCUGCAGACGCGCAUGCAUCUGGAUCGUGCGGAUCGUGAGUAUCAGAAUGCCAUGUGCCGCGAGGAGGAUCGACGCGUGGAGCUGGAGGAGAAGCUGCGCAAGGAGUUCGAAGCGGAAAAGGAGGAAAUGGAGGAGAAGUUCCGCGAACGUUUGGAUCAAGUCAAGGAGGAGUUUGCCAAGGAGCUGCAGCUGUCCACGCAGGACAUGAUUGAGACGCAUCGAAAGGAGCUGGAGAGCCAAAAAGCGAAACUGCAAACCGAACGGGAUGAGGCGAUUCAGGAGCUCGUCGAGCGACAUCGCGCCAAAAUGGCCGCUGCCGAGGAACGAAUCAACGAUGUAGAGCUUCGGCAUCAGCGCAAUCUGAAGGACCUGAAGGCCGCCUAUGAUGCUGAGAAGGCGGCGCUGGAUAAACGCGACAUUAGCAACGCCAACGAGAUCGAGCAACUGCAUCGCAAGUGCCGCUGCCUGACCAAUCUCUUCGAGGAGAUGCGCAUGCGCUAUGAGCGCCGUGAUCCGCGCCCCGAGGACCUGCGCGAGAUCGCCGAGCUGCGCCAGCGCUGCGACAGCCAGGAACGGGAUCUGUUUGUUCUAACGGACCGGCUGCGCGACAUGCAGAAUCAAAUGGCCGAGCAGCAGCUGCAGCAGCAGCAGCAGCAGCAGCGAGGCAAUGCGGUCAAGAAGCCGCCGCCGAAGACUCUGGCCACCAGCUGUGAUGUCAUCUACGAGGAGAACGAGGAGCGUGAAUCGCCCGAGCUCGAAGUGAACGGCAACUGCUCCGCCUCCUCCUCCAGCCAGGACGAUGGCGASGAGGAGGAGCCCGGCGAACAGGAGCCCAGCGACACGGAAUCCAAUCACACCAUCGAAAUCAAUGGCAAAUGCAAGGAUCGCAUCAACGAGGACGAUGCCCACAUGAUCUCCGCCGUCUGAUCCAACCGAACGGAGCAGGAAUGUCUAUUCACCUUGAGUCUCACGCCGGGUCCGUUGCAGCCGAGGCGCAGUCGCGCCGCGUUGCCCAUUGCAGAGUUUCCUUCACUCACCAACCACAAACCACUCGACCCUUCAAGUUGCCCGCACUGUCCUCUCACCCUGCACCACUGAGCACUGACAAAGAA